AUGGAGGCGCAGCAGUCCGCCGGCAUGGCCGAUCUCGCCGCCCGCCUCAUCAAGCGACUCGCGGACGCCAACAGAGACCGCAACCUGGUCUUCUCGCCGAUCUCCAUCUACGCCGUACUGGCGCUCCUGGCCGCCGGCGCCGGUGGGGAGACCCUGGAAGAGAUCCUCGGCGUCCUAGGCACGCGGUCCCGCCUCGAGCUAGAGGACUCCGUGGCGCGUCUCCUGGACGGAUCGUCGAAUCCUGACGGCGGCGGGCCGAGCGUGGCGUUCGCGUGCGGCGUCUGGAGCGACCUGACGCGGCGGCUGAAGCCGGCCUUCCGUGACGCCGUCGUCGGCAAGUACAAGGCCGAGGCCAGCUCCGUCGACUUCCACAACGACCCGGCGCAAGCGACGGCGCAGAUCAACGCGUGGGCCGCUGCGGCCACGAGGAACCUCAUCGACUCCGCCGUCCCUCCGGGAGCCGUACGCCCGGACACCGACCUCGUGCUGGCCAACGCCAUCUACUUCAGGGGCAAGUGGCACGUGCCUUUCUACAAAAGCUCGACCAAGAACAGGCCCUUCUACCGGCUGGACGGCACCGCCGUCGACGUCCCCUUCAUGACGUACCACAGAGAUAACUAUCACGACAUGGCCGCGCACGACGGGUUCAAGGUGCUCAAGUUAGGAUACCAGCGUAGUCCGACGUACACCCAGCGCCACAGCAUGUGCAUCUUCCUUCCGGACGCGCGCGACGGCCUGAGGAGGCUGCUGCACAAGAUCACGUCGUCGUCCCCGGCAGCCUUCCUGCGCGAGCACCUGCCGACGCGCUGGGUCAAUGUGGACGAGGUGCUGGUGCCCAGGUUCGAGCUCUCCUUCGAGAGCAGCAUCACCGCCGUCCUUAAAGAUCUGGGGCUCCGGCUACCUUUCAGCCAACGGGCCGACCUCUCCGAGAUGCUGGAGGAGGACGUCCUCGUGCAAGAUGUCUUCCAGAAGGUUGUCAUCGAGGUCAACGAGGACGGAAUGGAAGCUGCCGCUAUGACCAUCUAUGACGCCAUUGUGAAAUCCUCAUGUCAACACCCGCCAGAGGUAGUGCUUUUCGUCGCCGACCACCCGUUCGCCUACUUCAUAAUCGAGGAGGAGUCGCAUGCCAUCCUCUUCGCCGGACAUGUCGUCGACCCUAGCAAUGGUACCGGGGUGGUGAUUCCGUCCGGGGAGCGCAGCGCGACAAAAGGUAAAAUUGACAGGUUCAGUGACAAGGUCGACACCAAAUCCGGCCGCAAGAGGCGGAGGGAUGAGCCGUCGCAUUCUUCCCACGGCCACAGCUCCAGCAGGCAGCAUCGACGGCACGGGAGUAGACGAGUUGCCAGAAGCGAGAACAGAAGAGAAGAGAGUAGAUAUUAUUAUCGUCUUUAUUAUCGAAGUGAGCGACGGGAGAAGAUGAGCAGCCCGCGGAGAAAACAUAGUCUCGCCAUGGAGGAGCAGCAGUCCGCCGGCAUGGCCGAUCUUGCCGCCCGGCUCACCAAGCGACUCGCGGACGCCAACAGCGACCGCAACCUGGCCGAGGCCAGCUCCGUGGACUUCCGCAACGACCCGGAGCAAGCUAUGGCGAAGAUCAACGCGUGGGCCGCUGCUUCCACGAGGAACCUCAUCGACUCCGCCGUCCCUCGGGGAGCCGUACACCGGAACACCCACCUCGUGCUGGCCAACGCCAUCUACUUCAGGGGCAAGUGGGAGGUCCCUUUCUACAAGAGCUCGACCAAGAACAGGCCCUUCUACCGGCACGACGGCACCGCCGUCGACGUCCCCUUCAUGACCAACCACAGAAAAUACUAUCACUACAUGGCCGUGCACGACGGGUUCAAGGUGCUCAAGCUACCCUACGAGAGCAGUACAGCCUACACCCAGCGGCACUGCAUGUGCAUCUUCCUCCCGGACGCGCGCGACGGCCUAGCGAGCCUGCUGGAGAAGAUCACGUCGUCGUCCCCGGCAGGCUUCCUUCGCGAGCACCUGCCGACGCGCAGGGUCAAGGUCGACGAGGUGCUGGUGCCCAGGUUCGAGCUCUCCUCCAGGAGCAGCGUCACCGCCGUGCUUAAGGACCUUGGGCUCCGGCUACCUUUCAGCCAUCGGGCCGACCUGUCCGAGAUGCUGGACGACGGCUCCGAGUUCCGCGUGCAAGACGUCUUCCAGAAGGCUGUAAUCGAGGUCAACGAGGACGGAACCAAAGCCGCCGCUUUGACCUUCUAUGACGUCACCGCGAAAUCCUCUCAGUACCCGCCGGAGGAAGUGCUUUUCGUCGCCGACCACCCAUUCGCCUACUUCAUAAUCGAGGAGUCGCAUGCGAUCCUCUUCGCCGGGCAUGUCGUCGACCCUAGCGAUUGUACCGGGGCGGUGAUUCCAUCAGGUGAGCACAACGCAACAAAUGGUAAAAUUGACAAGGUCGAUACCGAAUCCGGCCGCAAGAGGCGGAGGGAUGAAUCUUCCGACGGACACAGCUCCAGCAGGCAGCAUCGACGGGACGAGAGUGCACGAGUUGCGAACAGUGAGAACAGAAGAGAAGAGAGUAGAUAUUAUCGAAGUGAGCGACGGGAGAGGACGAACUACCCGCGGAGAGAACAUAACAACAGAUAUUAUUGA